UGACAACAGCAACAAUGGCUUUGCCGUCAUCAUCAACGGUGUCAGCAUCAACAUCGUCAGCCACCACAACAAUGUAUCGCUACCAGAUGCAACAGCAAUAUCAUAAUCAUGCACGUUGUUACUGCAUGGUUCAACAACAGGUAGUGCCACAAUUGAAUCACAAAACGGAUACAAAGAAAUCUUUUAAUAGCAAGAGAAGUUUAAAGGCCACAGAAUCUGUUCUAAGAAGAAACAAUAUUGCAAAGAAUUUGGAGAGUAAAAAACGUGUCGUCAAAAUGCUUUCCGUAUUGGUAUUAGAAUUCUUUAUAUGUUGGACACCGCUCUACGUUAUCAACACCGUCGCCAUGUACAUUGGCUCAGCCAUUUACGAGUACAUUGACUACACCUCCAUCAGUGUGCUGCAAUUGUUGGCUUAUUCAUCGUCCUGCUGCAAUCCCAUCACAUAUUGUUUUAUGAAUGCAAAUUUCCGUCGUGCAUUCUGGGAUACAUUCAAGGGCAUCCAAUGGUGUGGCAAGCGAUUUCAACGUAAACGUAGCUCAGAACAAAAUGGUGCAAAUUUAUGUUUAGCCGGCAGCAUACGUGUCAAUAGUUGUACGGUGCAGACAGUCAUUGAUAGUCCACGUUUGUAAUUAAACGGAAUACUGUUGCAAUUACUUUACUGUGGCACCAAAUUGUAAAUUAGAAACCUCAUCUAAUGCAGGUUUUCUAUAUAAAUAGAUAACUGUGAAA